AUGAGAAGAGUUUAUGCUUUCAACUUUGACUACUCUGGAAGGCUCUUUAGAAAUUGACACAUGUCUUUUACACUCUUUUCAACAAUCGCAUGACUUUUUCUCAUUGUUCCUGCGAUUUACUACAGAGGGUUUAUAAGUUUUAUCCUCUUUCUCAAUUCAGGAAAGCUCGGAUUGAUUGUCGGCUUAUAUAUCUUAUGCUCAAUUAUCAUGGCAGGAUAUGCUCUUUCGAAAAAAUUUCUUUCAUCAAUUAUUGGAGCUCUUAGCAAUAUUGAUAGCAAGCUAUUCUGGGACACAUUUAUCAAUGAAAAUAUGCUUUUGCAGUAUUAUUUCAUUGCUUUAGGGCAGACUAAAAUAAAUAUUGCAGAAUUGAUGAUUUGAGGUUUUAUUAGCUUUUUCUAUACCACAUGCAAAUCAAUGCAAGGUGUUGUAAAGCUCAGGAUCCAAUCUAACAAUGAAAAAAAUCUCAAAAUCCUUUUAAGCAUUAUUAUCAGCUUGAUAGCUAUUUUUAUGACAAAUUUUAUCUUAAUUUUCCAUUCAAUUGGAUUAAACCUUAUACUUCUUGCAACCUAUGAAGGAUUUAUAGUUCUUUUUGACUCAGCCUACACCCUAUGCAUACUUCACUAUAAACUAAUUCCAAAUGAAAUUAGAGAUCUGAAACUCAAAAUCCUCGAAAACUCCAUCAGAUGCAUGCAUUGGCUUCAGAUAAGUUAUUUAUUUGGCAAUUAUUUUUCUUUUCACCCAAUUCACCUUGUUACACUUAUAAAGACUAAUGGAAUUGUAGCGGAUAUUUGCUCUUUAAUUUCUAAAUAUUACCAUUAUAAAAAAUCAGUUAAGACUUUUUUGAAGAAAUAUCCAGCUUUGCCAAAAGAGCAAAUAGAAGAACUGCAAGAUGAAAAAUGCUGUAUUUGUUUGGACACAAUUUCAGUUGGAGUUUGUUGUAAAAUUUCAUGCAAUCAUGUGUUUCAUUAUGACUGUAUAAGAAAACUUAUGAUGAGUACCAAAAAAAGAAUUUGCCCGUUAUGCAAGCGAGAAUUUAUGGAUCCUGAAAACAGUGAGCCAAGGAGGAACUGAAGCUUAUGGCCAAGAUUUUUGCCGCAGUUUCAUAUCACUUUUAGCAGCAUCUGAAAUAAUGAAGAUGCCAUAAGACAAAUCAGAGAGAUUCUUCCAAAUGUGACCGAAGAUAUGAUUAGAAACGAAAUUAAUAGGACUGGCUCAAUAGAAGUUGCAAUUGGAAAUUUAAUUGGAAAUGUUUAA